AUGUCGGCGGCCAUCACCUCACUUUGGUGGCCCGAGGAUCGUGUGAAGGCCACCCUUUGUCCGGAAUACGUCUUUAACGAGCUCCCUUCGAACAUCUUGCACCGUCUCGUCAACCCUUUGCCUUGGGGAGAGGGUCUGACUAGCGAGUCCUACUUAGACUGGAUCCUCGCCAAGGCCGGUAGACUCUUCCUGAUCCUCGUGGAUAUCGGCAUACCGGAACGCAUCUUUGCCUUGGUCGAUGAAUCGCUAGAUGACACCGAUUUACCAUUGUCGGCUCCGAGUACCACUCGCCUUCCUCUCGCACCCGAAGGGGACAACGCAGCUCUUGCCCACAAAUUCUUUCUGGCUCAAUGGCGAUUCACUGUACGAGGAAUCAAUGAAGGCGACCAUAUCAAGUAUACCCAGAAUGAGGGUGUCCCGGUGGAGCUUCUUCGUACCGGAACGUCUCUAGUGAGGGAGGGCGUGGAGAAGGUUGUCCUAGCUGGCUCUAAGUGUCGGGUGCUUCUACGAACGCAAGUCUCUAUUGGAGGCGCACCGCAUUUCUUCGAGGAAAACGAGGUGCUGGAAGAAAUUCGCUCUCUGAGAAGGCUAGCUCACGAUCACGUCUACUCGAUCUACGCCUCCUAUUUUGUGGAUACGACCGUUUGUAUUCUCUUCUCCGGCGUAUACGAGCGAACGCUCAUGUCGUUCCUUACCGACGUGCCUCAGUCUUUUAAGCGCCUCGCCAAGAACAAGCGUCGAGAAAUCUUAGUCAAUUGGCCACAUUGCCUGGCUAAUGGACUGUCAUGGUUGCAUGCACAUAGCCAGGCUCAUAGCCUGAUUUCUCCGUCGAAUAUCCUGGUUGACGCAGACUUUCGGAUUUUCUUAGGCCAAUUUGAAGCUCUCGACACUCUUCUAUCCCCACUGAAGCCAGACGACGUUGAAACAUAUCAGUAUGGUGCUCCCGAGCGAUGGGUGCGCUCAGUGAGUAUUCAGGACACAAGCGCACCAAGCCCCAACAUUGCGCUCCCAUCUGGGGGCCGUUCGGCCCGCAAGCAGACGUCCCGUCCGGCAAUGCUGAGCCUAUCUAGACUUAGAGGCUCCCAACCGUCAGACCAUGAUACAGAUGUGCACGCGGAAUCUGUUACGUCGCAGGGAACUGCUAUACGCAUCGGCCUACGAGGCUCACCUUCUCGGAUAUCCUUCACCAACUCGUCUUCCUCUGGGUCAAGCGUUGGGAGCGCCCGCAAGCGCGUGGUAUCCUCUAUAAAACGACCAAUGUUCUAUACACCGUCCAUCACUUCGUCAAACUCCAACUCUUCGAGAUCAUCAAACGCUCCUUCUACUACAUAUGGCCAAUUCGGUUACCCGAUAAUCGGUUCUAAUGCUGCAAUCGUCCACACAUGGCAAACACGCCAGACAGACCCAGAAGCCUCGGACAUCUUCUCACUUGGGGCAGUUUUUCUAGACAUUUUCACUCACUUAUGCAAGCGCAAGCUCUCUGCUUUUUCACACCACCGAGGGGCUAAGAACCGGACCGCUGGCCGUGGUGGCGGCGUUGCAGAUUGUUCAUUUCACCUCGACCGAAACGCCGGCCAAGUGAGCUCCUGGAUCGCCCUACUGGACAACGAUGCGAAGAAACACAAAGACCCUAUUUUCCAGUCUGUUCGACCAAUGCUCACCGUUGUGCGAAGCAUGCUGAACAGAGAACCUAUGAGCCGUCCAUCCGCUUACCAGGUGGAGCAGCUUCUGGCUCACUCACUCCAGAAAUUGGACGGAAGCUGUAGUCUCCACUGUACUUCCGACCUGCAAUGCCACGCCCCUAGGACAAAAAACCCACUCCGUCUCGGCGCACAAGCAGCCUCAUCAUCAGACAGACUCGUUGUCCCGCGAGCAAAGCCACUAGGGGCCAGAUCCCCGUCUCCAAGCAGUCCAUUGACUGCAGAAUUCUCAUCUACUAGCUCCGGAGGACCCGUGAGCCUCCGUCCCUCUCCUUCAGCCUCUGCCUCGAGUUUCAGUCUACCGGAUCAGCAAUGGACAGACAACCAUAUAUAUAGCAGCGACACAGACCAAGAGUACGAUAAAUACAGCACUUCUUCGUCGCCUGUCCCUUGGCGUGAUCCAGAUCAUGGUUUGAGCCCGGCAGCGCAUAACGAUCCGACAUGGAAUUACAGCAUCGCUCUGGGGAAGCAUUAG